CAUUUUCAUUUUCUUUUCAAUUGUUUCAAUUUUCCUCUCUUAUGAUAAUUAGUUUUGUCUCCUUUUUGUUGACUAAUUUAUUUUCUAAUUAAAUUGAUUCUUUUAAUUAUGGUUAAAGGUUCACCUUCAAGUUCUAAAUUAAAUUGUACAGAUAAUGUAUGGAAACGUAUGUUUACUCCUAAUUCUUCAUGGGAAGAUAAGGACCAAUUUUUGGAUGUAAUUUAUUGGAGUAGACAAGUUUUGGCCAUUUUCAUGGGAAUUAUUUGGGGAUUUUUAGGAAUUACCGGCUUCUUUGGUAUAUCUUCUUUUGUUGCUCUUAAUUCAAUAGCAGUUUAUUUGUAUUCAGUAAGAUUUAACAAUGACACUGAAGAUAUAAUGGAAUUUGUGAAAGAAGGUUUCAUGACAUCAUUUGCUGGAUUUCUGGUGACAUGGACCAUGAUGUAUUCAGCGAUUUAUUUUUAACAUCAAUUUACUCAAAAUUUGAUUUAGAUAAUUGUCUAGAUAUUUUUGAUUUUUGUAUAAAUUAUUUCUUAUUGGUUAACUGAAACCAAUUGAAUAAAUGGAUUGUCAUUCAA